GUCAUUUCAAUACAUAUUAUUCAUUGCCGUCUGGGCUCAAUGUCAAGAAUUGCUCAUACCAAUGGCCAACCGUUUUUAUGUUCAGCUUUCUCGAUACGUGCAAGUAUCACGUUGCGAUUCAAAAUGGUGGUGCUCUAUCCACAUACUAGUUGGUGACUGCGCGGCAGCAAUGUUCGAUGAAUACCCCCGUUUCUCCUUGCGUGCAUGCGUGCUACUAUAGGACUACCAAACAGUUCCCACUGGUAACUCCGCGGGACACGGGAAUUCCAAUGGUGUGGCUCCUUCUGAAUAUUUGUAGUGCCGUUAGGGUGCGGACGGCAGCAGUGGAGGCAAACGCGGAGCAAGCUGUCGUCUACGCCUUCAAUUCACACAAUUUAGAACAAAUUCGCCGAGAUGUCAGCACUGUGGCCCUUCAACAUUUGCAAUGCACUUUUUUGUUUCAACGCUGACGACGCAACAACGCCGCUUUUGGAUCUGUCGCUAUCAAUUUCGUGAGAAACAUUUCCCCUUGUAGCGGCGGUCUUCGAGAUUGCGUGCCAUCGUUCCAUGGGCGUAGGCACACGGCAGGGGCGGCACUCACACAGGACGUAACGAGUUCGCUCCCUCAAAUUGCCCCGCUCCACUACUGCGCUUAGAGCGCUGAUCAGUAGAUCGACAUUGAUGGGACUCGUGUGGCGCAAUUCAGGGGCGACAGACGUGGCCAACGAAAAUCCGCCUGGCGCCAACGCUUCCGGUUCUUGCGUGCGCUCGUGUACGUGGGCCUGGUGCUGGGCUUCCUGUACCAGGCCUCGGACGUGGUCGUCAACUACCUCACCUUCCCCACCGCCAACGAUGUGCGCGUCGAGGGUCCCGAGCAGCUCGUCAUGCCGGCCGCCUCUGCGUGCAUCAGCAACUGGAUCAGUCAAGAGAAGCUGUGCGUCCGUCAGCCUGAGUUCUGCAACUACAGCGACACAGAAGAAUACAAACAGCGCCUACUACGCUUCCUGGACACGGCCGGCAACUUGGGGGAGCUCGCCAUGGACAGUGAAGUCAUUCUGCAAGUAGUCAUGGAGAACCCCGGCAUGUCCAUCUUCCCCAGCGGUUUCGCCAAGCAGCAUCUGGUGCAGUCGUUCGCAAGGCUUCCGUACUACAUGUGCUUCACCUUCGACUGGAGGGGCAGCAACAGCCUGGUCAACUUUAAGGAAGACCCGCUCACGUACGAGAUGAGCAUGAUCGUGCUCUGGUAUCCCGACCGAUCUCCACGGCUGUCCCACUACGAGAUGGACAUGACCUUCCACCACAUUGACAGCAUAAGCGCUGCCACCCAGCACACACUGCUGCUCAGGCCAUCGGGCAGCUACGAGUACAGCCUGCAACAGAGGAUGCUCAAGAGGCUUGAGUUCCCGUACGACACCAACUGCGUGGAUUAUGCCAAACUGGAAAAGCUGGCUCACUAUCCAGCCUAUCACACUCAGGAAACGUGCUUCGCCGACUGCGUCCGCAACGAGACGAGGCGCCGCUGCGGCUGCACGCUGACCGACUACCCGUUCCGGGCAUUCCUCAACGAGACGUUCUGCUCGGGACACACGUCUCAGGCCUGCACAUCCCGGUGGCGGCCGUCCUACGAGAAAGCCUGCUCGUCUCGGUGCAGGGUUCCGUGCCACGAAGUGUUCUACGAUGCGAACCCAGUCAAGAGCGAAGAUCCAGGACUCGUUCUCGAAGACGGCGGCUACCAUAUGGUAUCCGUCAAGUUCAGCAUGUCGUCGACUAGCGUCAACGUCCUGAUGUUCAUCGAAAAACUUCAGGUGACCCAGAUCCUGGCGUUGGUGGGCGGCUACCUGGGCAUAUGGCUCGGCCUCUCCAUACGCACGUUCGCCGUCAUCCUCGUCAACUGGUGCUUCGAGAAACUCCGGCGCCUGCAGCGAUCCAAGUACGCGGCCGCCGAGGUUUCGAGCGUGGCCCGUUUCGUGCGGCUGGUCAUAGAGGCCACGUGCCUGGUGCUGUGCGUGCGCAACUCGCUGGCGGACGUCCACCACUACUGGCGCUUCCCGGCCUCCGUCGUCUACAACGAGGACCAGCACGUGCGCUUCCCCGUGCUCACGCUGUGCUUCCCGGACGGCUACAACAAAUCCGGGAUGCAGGUUCAUCAGGAGAUGGAAGCUCCUGUCGACAUCGGCGGAAACGGGGACGCGACGAUGCAGUUCAACGCGGACCACCUGAAGAACCUGAUCGAGCAGGCGUACCCACCGCAGGACAUGAUCCUCCACUGCCGUAUGAAGGCUCGCUCGGACCUGUGCCGGGACUUCGAAUGCAGAAAACUGCAAGCACUUUCGCUCCUCUCAGCUUUGAAAGCGAAUGCUCUCUUUGAAAGCCGAAAGCAUUUUUUCUGUAUCUGCACCUAA